AUGACCAACAACUGGCUAGGGUUGGAGCGUGACACCGGACAUCCAACUGGCAAGCCUGAGUGGUGCAUUACAACCGACUGGCCAAGGCCAGGACUGCGUGACACAAAACACUCUGGUGGGACUCUGCCUGAUGGCCUUGCCGACAUGAAUGGUGGCCUUCAGUUGGGUUGGAUUAGUGCUGAAGAGGCUGAUGCGGAAUCCAUUGGAGAAAUUGCUGCAGGGUCUGAAGUGGAUAGUGGUGAAUUGGUAUGGGGUAGAUGUGCUAAAUGGGCGAGAAAUCUGGAGAAGGAAAUGGCGAGGUUGUUGGUUGUGCCAGUACAGUUACUAGGCACCUGUUUUCUCUUCUCAUUUCUAUAUUACAUCUGGGUUGCGAGUGAACCACUGAAGUGGGUUGCCAUAUAUGGAACGCUGCAUUUACAACAUCAUUUCAUCCAUCCCAUGGGUGAUCAUUGGCCUUCAGAAAUCAUGAUGGACAGCUUGUUAACCUAUGAAUUGGCGUGGGAGUCUCCUAGAAUUUUGUUUGGUCUUAUCCCAGUGUAA